UAUCGAUGAAUUGGAUGCGAUUGCGCCGAAGAGGGAGAAGACUCACGGUGAAGUGGAACGUCGUAUUGUAUCGCAGCUGUUGACGUUGAUGGAUGGCCUGAAGCAGAGAAGUCACGUGGUGGUGAUGGCCGCGACGAAUCGACCGAACUCGAUUGAUCCGGCGUUGAGGAGAUUCGGACGGUUCGAUCGCGAGAUCGAUAUCGGAAUUCCGGACUCGAUUGGACGGUUGGAGAUCCUGAGGAUCCACACGAAGAAUAUGAAAUUGAGCGAUGACGUGGACUUGGAGCAGGUAGCGAACGAGUGUCACGGCUACGUGGGUGCCGAUCUGGCGUCGNUGUGCUCAGAGGCAGCACUGCAGCAAAUCAGAGAGAAGAUGGAGCUGAUCGAUCUCGAGGACGAGAAUAUCGAUGCCGAGGUGUUGAAUUCACUGGCAGUGACCAUGGAGAACUUUAGAUUCGCAAUGGGCAAGAGCAGUCCGUCAGCGCUGCGCGAGACGACGGUGGAGACGCCGAACGUGACGUGGGCGGAUAUCGGUGGUUUGCAGAAUGUGAAGAGGGAGCUGCAGGAGCUGGUGCAGGUGCGGUUAUUUGUUAUUGUUUUGUUGUUAUUAUUGUUUAUUUUUAUUGUUAUUGUUAUUUAUUAUUGUUUGUUAUUGUAA